AUGUAUUCAGGCCCCCCCCAGACGUCCUCCAAGCCCUCGGGCCGCAAGGGGAGCAAAAAGGUCCGCACUGGCUGCAUCACCUGCAAAAUUCGAAAAGUGAAAUGCGAUGAGGCAAAGCCCUACUGUCUGCGAUGUAUCAAGACAGGUCGUCAAUGCGAUGGCUAUCGUCCAUCGCCCAACUCAUCGCCAGAGCCCAUGUCCCUGAGCCCAACGCCAGGCUUUGAAUCUCCCCGUGAAGCUCGCGCGUUCGAUCACUACCGUCUGCGCACGGCAAAGGUCCUCUCGGGCGCCAUCGACAGUGGCUUUUGGGGCGGUGUGGUCCUCAAGAUGAGCACCACCGAGCCUGCAGUGCGGCACGCCAUGCUCGCCAUCGGCAGCUUGCACGAGGCUGUGAAUUCACGCUACAGAAGCGUUGGUGAGAUCGAUACGCGCUUCGCUUUCCGUGAGUAUGGUAACGCUAUCACGUCGUUGCGGAACUGGGGCCAGCGCAAUGAACCCUCUGUUGUGCCGCUGCUCGUCUGCGUGCUCUUCAUCUGCAUCGAGUUCCUUAUUGAUCGCGAUAUGGCUGCCCAGAUGCAUAUCUGCCAAGGACGGCAGAUCCUCUCUACUCUUGGGGAUGGACGCUCUCCGGCCUUGGAGAUGAUUAAACACUCACUUGUGCCCAUUUACGCUCGUCUUAGUCUCUCGAGCUUUCUCUUUGGCAGCCGUCCGGCUCCUAUUCCCACGCAUCUGCGAGGCUGGGCGGAGGUGCCUGUUGUGUUCACGACUAUUGAAGACGCCCGAUAUGCUUUGUAUUUGCUACUUGACGAGGCCUUACAGUUUAGCACCAAUGCUCGGGGUGUUAUCUUCAACCCAAACGCCGAUCCUCAGGAUAUUCGCAACCUUCAGCACGAGCAGCAGCGACUUCUAUCACAGUUGAGCCGAUGGCAUGCCGCCUUUACAGUCCUCACAUCGAUGAGCACUCAGUCACCUUCUCUGGAAAGUUUGCUGAACGUCCUCCGGAUAUAUCACCAGUCAACGCUCAUCUGGAUUUCCUCAUGUUUGGAGACGUGCGAGACCAUGUACGACCGUUUCACCGCCAACUUUGCCAACAUCAUCUCUUUGGCGUCUUCCGUUAUCGGAUCGGUUCCGGCAAAUGCCAAGUUAGAGCCCUUUAGCUUCGAGACAGAGAUCAUUCCCCCUGUGUACUGGACCGCCGUCAAAUGUCGCCAUCCUCUGUUACGGCGCGCAGCCCUUAAACUUUUGACUCGAGACCAAAUGCGCAAUCGACGGGAGAAUCUAUGGCACGCUCGCGAAACCGCUGUCAUUGCUGCUCGCAGCAUCGAGAUCGAGGAAGCUGACUUGGACGUUCCUCUGGACCUGGAGCUGGACCUUGAUAUGAACCCCAUGGUCGCAUCAAGCCCCAGCAGUUCGAGCGAAGCAUCUCUUGACAUGUACACAUGUAGUCCCAAAAAAAUCAAGAUCGCAGUCUCGAAUCCCCCUUAUCUACCACCACCUCCUGUCUCCUUUGCCGACCCAUCACUCGAGGAUGUCUCGAGCGACUCGCCUUACAGCCUAGGGUCAAGCCCAUCGCCCGCUUCCGCACCUGAGCCCGCGUCGCCCGUAUCGGCCGCCGUCGAUAGCAUCCAGCAGCUGGACGUUGUUGCGCUCAAAUCGGCAUGUCUCGAGUCACCGUUUGGUAUUCCUGAGGAUCGACGUAUGAAGAACGCUAUCAUUGGGCCGCCGGGUGAGGGAGGGACUUGGGUCACGUUCUUUAGGGAUCCGGAGCCGGGUAAAACGGAGUGGAGGGUUACAAGGGAGUUUUUGAGAUGUUGA